AUUGUGUAAUUCAGUGAUUCUCAACCACUGUGCGCCAAUGCAGUGUGCCGCAACAAAAAAAAGGUUGAAAAUCACUGGUGUAAUUGUUUAAUCAGCUGUUUGUGGCUAUAGUUGAAAAACAUGCAUGAAUUAAUCAAUGAAAAUGAAAUCGUUCCAUUUGAUUUUAAGACGUCAUCUGUCAUCACAAAGCUGGAUGCAACGACAUGUUCGUGAUACAUUUGUAAAACAAUCUCGUUAUCAAAAUUAUCGUUCACGUGCAGCAUUUAAAUUGAUUGAAAUGAAUAAACAAUAUCAAUUAUUGAAACCUGGAAUGAUUGUAAUAGAAUGUGGUGCAGCACCUGGAUCAUGGACACAAGUUAUAGUCGAAUGUUUAAAGCUUAAACCGCCUGAAUGCCAUAAAACCGGGGCGGUUAUUGCUUUGGAUAAAGCAGAUUUCGCCACCAUACCUGGUGCUAUUUGUUUACCAAAAACCGAUUUCACUAGCCACAUAAGUCAAGCCAGAAUUUUAUCCGCAUUAAAUGAUCGAAAAACUGAUCUUAUAUUAAGUGAUAUGUCACCAAAUGUUACUGGUCAACAUGAUUAUGAUCAUGAACGUAUUCUGCAAUUGGUCUAUUCAACAGUACGAUUUGCAUCUAUUUCUCUCAAAGAUCAGGGAAAUUUUCUAACAAAAAUUUUCAAUGGAAAUCAAACAGAAAAAUUAAUUGAAGAUUUAAACCUGAUAUUUCAAAAAGUACAAAAAAUUAAACCAGAAGCUAGCCGUAUGGAUUCGACUGAAUUGUACAUUUUGGCCACCGGAUUUAAAGGUCGUGGAUGAUAACAAAUGUUUCCGUAUGUAUGAAUAAAAAACAAUUUUAUUGUGCAAUUUUGAGCAACAAAAAUAACGAUGAAUUUCCUAUUACAUUUCAAUAUUUUGUAAAAAGGAAAAUUGAAAAUUCCAAUUUUAAAUAAAAAAAAAAAAGACAAAUCAUUAGUACACAAGUUUUUGAUCAUAUCACAAAAUAUUUGCUGCACAAAUUCAUUAUUUGAUGAAUGUUUUGGAUCCAAACACAUACAAAGAUUUGAAUCGAAACUUUGGUUAUUUACAAUAAAUUAUAAAUAAAAGGA